CAAUUUGACAAAAGGCCGCCUCAACGUUAUGGUAAUUUAAGCGUUUUUGAAAUCGAGAAAAAAAUCGGUAAAGGACAAUUUUCGGAAGUUUUUCGUGCUCGUUGUAAGGAAGACAAUCGUUUGGUAGCGCUUAAAAAAUUAACCAUUCAGGUGCACGAUAUGGUAGAUUCGAAAGCUCGUCAAGAUUGCAUCAAAGAAAUCGACUUGCUGAAGCAACUUAAUCAUGUCAAUAUUAUUAGAUAUUAUGCCUCAUUCAUUGAAAACGAUCAGUUGAAUAUCGUACUUGAAUUAGCGGAUGCCGGUGAUCUUAGUCGAAUGAUUAGGCAUUUUAAAAAAAAUCGUCGUUUAAUUCCCGAGCGUACAAUUUGGAAGUAUUUCGUGCAGAUCGUCCGUGCACUUGACCAUAUGCAUUCGAAAAGAAUAAUGCAUCGAGAUAUUAAACCUGCAAAUGUUUUUAUAACAGCUGAUGGAAUAGUUAAACUCGGAGAUUUAGGACUUGGAAGGUUUUUCAGUUCAAAAACAACAGCAGCACAUUCGUUAGUUGGGACGCCUUAUUACAUGAGUCCAGAAAGAAUUCAAGAAGAUGGAUAUAAUUUUAAAUCAGAUUUAUGGAGUGUUGGAUGUUUAUUAUAUGAGAUGGCUGCUCUCCAACCUCCGUUUUAUGGCGAUAAAAUGAAUCUUUAUUCACUUUGUAAAAAAAUCGAAAGUGGUGAAUAUCCUCCUCUUCCAGCAGAUAUUUACUCACAGCAAUUGCGUAAUUUGAUUGCUCAUUGUAUUUCUUCGGAUCCUUGUAAGCGCCCGGAUAUUUCCCAAGUUUUAUCCAUUUCGGAGCAAGUGAAUUCAUAUUUUGAAGUAUAUUUUAUUUUUUAA